AUGCCUCCGCUGUCGGCUUACACUCCGCUUGAAUCCCUGCUGUUUGUCCAAUCCCUGGCUGCGCUCGAUUCGCGCCCGACCAGUUUUGCCUCCAUAUCCAACGUCUUGCGCAACAAUCCGUUUAUUCGCCAGAAUGUCGAUUUCAAUGCGGAGCGGCUCAGUCCCGAGGCGUUGGAGGAAUUAUACGCUGCACUAAUGCGCGAUGGCCUGGCACCCGAUGGAGCCCAUCGCGUGUCCAGUGUGGAUCUUAAUGGCCAUCCUACAGAUAGUCCGGAGUCUAACAGCCCUAAGAGGCGCAAGAUCUCCAGUCCACGAUCAGAUGGAUUGGCCGAUGAUGUCUCUCAUACGGCAUUCGUACCGAAGCUGGUGUCGCGUUUUUACGCUACGUACAAAGAGCUCGUUACAAAGGAGAUUAGAAGCGAAGAAAAGAGAUAUGACGAGAUCAGACGUGAGAUUGAACAGCUACAGCGGGAAGAACGCGAGGUUCCUAGGCAAGCGGCUGUGGAACCGCCUGCUGAACAGGCUCCGGGCUCCGCUAGCCUAGCUGCAACGAAACUGGAACCAGCGCCAGAGCCGAUGGAUGUAGAUGUCAAGGAAGACAAGCCGGUUCCACAACCUACCAAGGAAAUCACCACAUCUCCUCCAGUAGACCAAGUGCUAGGAGUGGGCGCUGGCGAACCUCAAGAAGAGAGAGGCAAAGAAAUAAAUGUGGCACAGCAACCUGCACAGGCUGUUGGAGCACCACCGACGCCAUCAUUACCGACGCAAGGUCUGAAGUACCCCGCUACGCAUCCUUUAGGGCUGCCGGACCAGGCUGCGGCUGUUCAACCAUCUCAUCCUAUCUCUGUGCCUUUCAAUGGAAAUAGCGAUUUACCUUCGCAGCCCAUUUCUGAUCGCCAGCAUACGCCUGCAAACAGGGAGGCACCUAAGAUAUCGCCUGUCAGCCAAGUGCAAUCUCCCACGGUGCCAUAUGCUGCUCCUUCACUAACCCCAACGGUUGCUCAUCCACAACCAGCACAAGUGUCUACCAAAACCACCGUUCAGCCGUCAACGCCAAGAGGUAAGCUUGCUCGCAAGGAAGGUCCAUUGGCGGUCACUCCCGUCACAGCUCCUCUCUACCCUCAUGGGCAGCCAAGUUUCCACCAGUGGAACUUGAACCAACCUCCUCAGGCACCGUACCCACAAACUUCUCCGUAUCCGGCGACACCACAACCGAACAGACCCUUUCCAGGGCAGCCUUCCAUUUCACCUUAUCCCCCGCAAACCGCACAACCUCAGGUUGGGAAGGUGUAUCCUGGCCAGUAUCAUCCUCCGAUACUGCCUGCUACCCCUGUACAAGUACCUGGGGCGGUGCAACAUCCACUUUCUGGUGCCCAGCGAUAUGAAACACCGAUUGUAACUGGUCAGGCCAUACCCGUCUUCGAUUCGCGCGAACGACCAUCGCAACCCUUUACCCCCGUAUCAGGCACCCUUACCCCGUGGAAGAAGCUCCCACGCCUGAGUAUCCCAGAAUCUCCUCGGUCCCCACCCAGACCACGACCUGAGGAUAUUAGUCCCAUAAGUGAAAGGGCGCCAUCGCCGAUUGGAAUUCCAGAAGUAACAUCUGAGAAAGUCGAGGCUUGGAAGCGUCGUUCUGUGGAGCCCAAGGGGCGCAAGAGGAGCAGGGUGCGAAGUGCGAAAACUCCUGAUGUGGACAGCAGGUUGACCGUGAAUGUAAAGCCUGAAAAGCCCUCAUCUCUCAGAAAAAGACGGGAUGGCAGCACACCUUCCUCGAGAUCCGUUGCGUCGCGGGAUGGAAAGUCACCAGGCCCCGCCUCUCACGGCAGGAUUAAGUAUGAGGCCGUAAAUCCAGACGAUAACGAACCUGAACCUCGAGUCGUGGGCCGUCGCAGAGGCCCCAUGAUUUCAGCACCUGCAGCUGAUCAGCCAGCAAGAGGGAGGCCCAAGCGCAAACGUGGAGCCAGCGAAGAACCAGAGGCCGAACACGUUCAGACCGAAUCAAAUCGCCCUGACGCAUCGUGUGCACCUGGAUACGUGCUAUGUACACGCAAUUUCCCUAGGACCGGUGCGCCUAUCAUGAACGACGUCGCGACUCACAAGCACGCGUCUAUAUUCACCAAGCCGUUGACAGAACGAGACGCACCUGGUUACCGUGACCUCAUUUAUCGACCACAAGAUAUGAAAUCAAUUAAAUCGGCCAUCCAUCAUGGGAGUAAAGCGGUGGCUGCCGCAACUGAAGCAGCCAGUACACCAGUAACAGAUGGUGAAUCUCCUGCUCCAUCCGCGGGUGCGACGCCCUCGAAAAAUGCGGUGCUUAUGCUCCAGAAGACGGAGGAUAUAAUUCCGCCUAAGGGCAUCGUCAACUCGUCACAGCUCGAAAAGGAAUUGAUACGCAUGUUCGCUAAUGCGGUCAUGUUCAACCCCAUUCCACAACGUGGAUUUGGACCGGCAUUCCCGAUGACAAGUGACCAUGGACCAGGGCGCCAUUAUUACCCCCAGGCGAGUCCGGAAGUGGAAGAAGGCGGCAUCAUCAAAGAUACAGUGGAGAUGUUUAAUGAUGUCGAAGAGGCAGUGACGAAAUGGCGCGCCGCAGAACGCACUGCAGAAGAGCUGGCGAAUAAAAGUAUCGUUUCGAUCAGAAAGGGAAGCGUUGGCGAUCUCAACGCUGAUAGUGCCGAUGAAGUGAAUGGAUGA